AUGGAGACCCUCAAGGUUCUGCUUAUCGCGAAUCGCGGUGAAAUCGCAGUACGGAUCGCGAAGACUGCGAAACGCCUGGGGAUCUGUACUAUUGCCAUUUACACGGUCGCAGAUGCGACUUCGCAGCAUGUUCUGGCCGCAGAUAUCGCAGCUCUUCUGCCCGGAGAUGACUCGACCGCCUAUGCUGAUGGUGAUGCGAUCAUUGAGAUUGCCCAGGCGAAUAAUGUCGAUGCCAUUAUCCCUGGAUACGGGUUCUUGUCUGAGAAUGUCGAGUUCGCUCAAAAGGUCUUGAACCGCGGCAUGAUGUUUGUCGGUCCCAGCCCUGAUGUGAUUGAAGGGUUUGGUCUGAAACAUUGUGCGCGUGAGAUGGCAAUUAGAGCUAAGGUGCCCACUGUGCCCGGCUCGGAAGAGCUGCUCACCUCUGAGGAAGAAGUUGCGGUGGUUGCAGGGGCCCUUGGAUAUCCUGUUAAAUCGAGGGGCGAUAUUCUGUUUAAAAACUCCGGCGUGUUCCUCGAACGCUAUUAUCCUGUCAGUCAUCACGUCGAGGUCCAAAUCUUUGGCAAUAGCGAAGGUGAAGCCAUUCAUGUCGGAGAGCGUGAGUGUUCGAUUCAGAGACGUCACUAG